UCUCUCCCCCCCCAGAUCCCCUCUUGCAGUGCAGGGGGGUCCCACACCCCCCGGAGCGCAUCCCUGCCAGCACCCUGUGAUGGCCCCGGGACCUGCUGCCUCCCCGCAGCCGGCCGGAGAGGAGAAGCCAGCGGGGACAACCGAGAAGGGGGACUAACCCCCCAUCGAUGGCAGGGGGCAACUGGCCGGGGCUACCGGAGAGCAGCCCAGCACCCAGGGCCUGCACCCGUCCCUCGUCCCCCCGCCGCACACACCGCUGCCCAGGAAGCUCCCGGUGAGCCCCGGCCAUGUAGGCGCAGCCCAGGGCUCCGCCGACGGCCACCGUCAACAUGCAGCAGGGCUACGCGGCCGUCCUCUGUGUCCUGGCUGUGCUGGGGCUGGAGGCUGCUGCGCCGGGCGAAUGCGAGCUCACCCGCCUGCUCCAGGACAAGCUGCAGUAUGAGAUGCGCCUGCAGUACAUGAAACACUACUUCCCCAUCAACUACAUGGUCCAGGUCCAGUACGAAGAGGUGCUGAGGCCAUCCAACAUUACCCGCCUGCGCAACGGGACGGUAUCGGAGGCGGCACUGCGGUACCUCUGGUUCCAUGUCAGCUCCCAGGCGGUGCUGCGGAUCCGCGAGGUGCUGCCGGAGAAGCAUCCGUCCUGGAAGUACACCCAGGAGCUGUGCCAGCUCUUCGACGCCCUGGGCAAGGAGUACAGCAAGUACCGGCAGACAGACGUGGAGGCGGUGGUGGCCGACCUGGUGAAGCUGGUCCACAGCGGGGGUGCUGAGAGCCGGAGGAAGGCCGUGCGCCCCAAGGCGCUGCUGGACAACUGCCUCAAGGUCAUGCGGAUGCUCUACGGGGCACCCUGUCGGUGGGAGUCCACCUAAUGCUGCAGAAGACCCCUUGCUCGAUGCCUUCUCCUUGCCCUGGAGUCUGGGAUGCUGCCUCUGCUCUGCCCCCCCCCAGCAGAGCCCCUUGGAGGGGGUCCCUAAGGAAGGUGCAAAGGGGGGGACAAAUGCCACCCCCUCCAGGACCCUGGGACUGUGCACGGCCAUGGAGUCGGCCCCAUCCGAAAUGCCAGGCACCUUCUGCACGAGUGUGGG